GGACGGAGGCAGCGGUUUGGCGCAGUCUCCGCUCGGUCAAACUUCACCAUGUCGGCAGGUUCACCGCAAUCGACAGGGCGGCGUAGUAAAUGGGAUUGUCCAGAAUCAGUUCCUGUAUCAAUGGCAGUAUCAAUAGAGUCACAGAUGAAUAAUUUUCCUGUCACAAUGUCUCAAGUUGCAGUUCAUGGUGUAAGUCUCUCUGGUCCACCAUCAGUCAGUCAAUCUCAGUCUUCGUCAGAGGCAUUAGAUGCAGCUGCUGCUGCCGCAGCUAGGAUUAAUGCCAUGUUGAUGGCAAAAGGAAAAUUAAAGUUACCACAAACUCCAAAUAACAAACCAAAGUCUUCAAAAUCAACGUCCCAUGCAAAGAAUAAAGAUGAUAUGGUCGUUGCUGAAAUUGAAAUUAAUGAUGUACCUAUUGUGUGUAGAAAUCUACUUACACGAGGUCACACACAAGAUGAAAUAAACAAAAUUAGUGGCGCUGCAGUUUCCACCAGAGGGCGUUAUAUGAAUGCCGAUGAGAAGCAAAUAGCAGCACAAGGGGAUCGACCCCUCUACCUUUGCAUACAGGCACAGACGCAGAAGAGUGUGGACAGGGCUGUAAACAGGAUCAAAGAGAUUAUUGGUGAAGCAUUAGCAAAAGAAGCCAUCAAACAGCCUCUUCCACCUGUAGUGACAUCUACUGCAAGGAGUAGUCCUAUGGCUGCACACAAUUCUCCAUACAACUCUUUGCCCCAGUUACAACCAGGGAUUCUUGCUGGACAGCUGGUUCGUGACACAUUAAACACAAGCCAUUGGUGUCAUAGUUUGACUCCCAUACCUACUGAGAUGCAUUUUGUUCAGGACAAAAUCUUUGUAGGUCUCGAGCAUGCUCCUCUGAAUUUCAAUGCAAAAGAAAAAGUGGAAGGUCCAGGAGGGUCUUUCCUGCACCAUAUUCAAAAUGAAACAGGAGCCAAAGUUCACCUCCGAGGUAAAGGGUCAGGGUUCAUUGAACCAAUGUCUGGAAGGGAGGCAUUCGAACCUAUGUAUAUUUAUAUCACUCAUCCUAAACCAGAAGGUUUGGCGUCAGCAAAAACACUUUGUGAAAACUUGCUUCAGACAGUACAUGCAGAAUAUUCUAGAUACCAAAGCCAGAUUACAUCAGGACUGGGUCCACCAUCAGUCUACUCCAUGGUGACACCAUCUCCAGCUAUGGCUCCUGCCCAGAAUCCUGUCUCUGUUUUAGCUCCAGUGAUGACGUCACAACCAUAUUCCAUUCAGCCUCAGACAUCCGUCCCGUACACAUUUGCCAACACAAAUGCACAGUAUACUGCACAGCAGUUCAGGCAGCCUCUUCCAACACCGUAUACUGCUGGGCUUCCUGCAGAGAUCUCUCAAAAUCAAGUAGUGUCUGGGAUCAUGAACCCUGGAACUCAGAACAACUUUCAGGUGCCACAGCCUAUACCAGGACCUUGUUACACACCACAGCCUUUGCAGCAAGCUGGAACAAGUAUGCAGCAGGUCCAACCUGUAAACUCUGCUCCAAUGCCAGUGUCUUUAUCCAGCUCAGAGUAUCAGUUCCAGACCACAGGUACUAGUAACCCAAUGCCACUGCCUCCUCAGCCACAAAAGAGACGUUUUACUGAAGAAAGAGCAGCAAAUUCACCGGAAGGUCUUCUUGGAUACCGGCACGGACCAUUUCACUUGACUAAUCUAGGUACUAGGAGCAGUCAGGAUAUGGGAUCUGGGAUGAAGAUAGCUGCUGAUUCUGCCCUCUUUGGAAGGGAAAGAGAAAGGCAGCUGAUGCCCUUGCUGUCCAACCAUGGAGAUCAUUCUGAAAUGCCGAAGACCUCGAUGCAAAUGUUGCACACCUUAAACAUGCAAGUGAUGAUGUAAAUAGUUAAUGGGAAAGCAAGUGCAUCACAAUUUUGGCUUCAAGAAAACAUUGAUUUGCCAGGUAAUGUUCUGGAGACAUGGGUAUGAAUCCUGAAUUACAAUUUUUAAAGAAAAUCUGGAAUUGAGUAUAACAUUGUUCAUUGUCCAGAAAACCCACCUGACUCAUUAAUGUCCUUCAGGCAGUGAAGCUGCCAUCCUCGCCUUGUCCAACCCACAUGUGACUUCAGACCCACAUCAAUAUGGUCUUAAACUACUCUUUUUACAAUUUGGGUUAGGCACUGAAUGCUGAGCAGGCCAGCAAUGCCCAAAUUCUGAGAGUGAAUAGUUUUUAAAAAGUUAUAAUUCAGAGUGCUGUGAGCUAUUCGUGCAUCUACCAUGUACUCAAUAGCAUAUUAUUACACUGGAUAAUUUUGUAAGUACGUGAUGCCUUAUUUAGAUAAUAAAUAUUCAAGGGAAGGGAUUGACUACUGUCAUGUCAAGUUCCUUGGCAAGAUCACAAUUUUAAAAAAAAUUUCAUUCAAGCUGAGUUGUUUAUAAACAAUUGAUCCUAAUUCAUUGUAUCUAGAAAUCUGGUUUAUCUAGAUGGCAUUGGUAUUUCGAAUAUUUAGAAAAUUUGUUUCAAUAAAUUGACUUUUGUAGUAUGUUUAAUUUGCCAAAGGGAUAGUAAGCCAGGGAAUUGUCAGAUUCUUAGAGAAAAAGUGAAGAUAUGCCUACUUUGUUAAUCUUUUAUUCAUUGUCCAAUUGUUUUAAUAUAAGACCUGGCUAAGAUAUUACAGAAUGUGGCAGCUAAGUGAGAAAAAUUAAUAAUCCCUGCAGUGUUUGUCAUUUGUGAAACUUUUACUAGUCAAUUUGAAGGGCAUUGUUUAAUACAAUUAUUAAGGAGCUAAGCAUGCUGUAAAGGUUUUUUUUGUGCUGCAGUUUGAGGUAGUUAAUAUAUCACAAUUAAUCUGAAUUUAAUUUUCCCUUGUGUCUUGUGUUCUCUUACAUGUUUCUGAUGGGACUUCACCUGCUGCUGUCAACUUGACAUGAUUUUAUGACACUUGUGUACUGUACUACGAAUGAUUUAUUUUGAUGGAUUGUCUGUAAAAAAUUUAAACAUUAACAAUGUGUUCUCUUUCCCACAAACUAAAUUCUCUCUUUUAUAUUGAAUAAUUCUUGGCUUUCUGGGUAUGUAUGGUGUUUGGGGAUUUU